AUGAGGAGGCAGCUGAGCCGCCUGUUACGAUUAAUCAAGCACAAAAUAGCCUCAAGCGCCUGCUCAGCUCCAAGGAGCGUGAGCCAGAUGCCAACUCCAUGGAGCUCACGGUACUCAUGCGCACAGAAAGAAGCCUCUAGCAGCAGAAAGAGCUUAAUAGAAGUCAAGGGACGUUGUAAAGCUGGUUUAAAGAAUAUAUGA